UGAUGGAGAACCGGCGGUGAACGGUGCUGCCGAAGUCGGGAAUCGCCGUGUUUCGCGUGCAAGUGACGACGUGGUCAGUGUGUUCGUAGUGUCGCUCGUGUUCUGUGCUGUGCGUCGUCGCCGAUGCUGGAUCUAAGGAUGAGGUUACGGAGGUGUCAAGGUGCUGCGAUCCCCGUCGAAAUGCGAGCGGCGUUCGCUUCCUACGGUGUGCCGCUGUCGUGCGUUGGUGCGGUCCGGUGUUGUUGAUUUGGAAGUGUGGAAAUCUGGCGGCGUCCCGCCACAAUGUCGGCGACCGGAGAGUGCCGUGUGCCUUUGAGUUCGACGAAAUGAGCCCCCGGUUAUCGCCGUCGUCGACGCUCCAUCGGCGACAUGAUGUGGGUCUUCUCACACGGACUAGUUGGACAGAUGCGCGGACGGCGCUACGGCAGAUCCAAAAGGGCCGCGCCAGCGGGGCGCGCUGGUCCCUGGAGCUGCGCAGCCGCGUCCAGCUGCAGCUGCUCCAGCUGGGGCGCUUCGUGGACCGCAACGCGGGCAAGGUGCUCUUCGUGGGUCUCCUGGUGGUCGCCUCCUUCUGCGUGGGGCUCAAGUCGGCACACCUCGAGCUGGACGUCAACAACCUAUGGGUCCAGAGGGGCGGCCGGCUGGAGCGCGAGCAGGCGUACGUGCGAGCCACCCUGGGCGACGGUGUGGGCACGAGCAGCCAGCUGGUCAUCCAGACGUCCCCCGGCGGCCGGGACCUGCUUCGGCAACCGCAGCCCCUGCUCGCCCACCUGGACGCGCUCAGAAGGGCCACCGCCGUCACGGUGGACAUGUUCGACGUGACGUGGCGACUCAAGGACGUUUGCUACGCCCCAAACUUCCCCGUGUUCGACGAGCACUACAUCGAUGCGAUGCUGGAGAAGCUGCUACCGUGUGUGAUCACCACUCCGCUGGACUGCUUCUGGGAGGGCUCCAAGAUCAUGGGCCCCGAGUUCCCGGUCACCAUCAUGUGA